AUGCCCGGCCACGAGCAGCCGUGCCCUCGCACGUUUGGGUGCGAGACGCCGCCGAGGGGACGAAAAAUUGCCUUGGCUGGGAAAUCCGCUUAUUUCACCCCAAACCUUCUCCGCUCCCCGGCGGCGGGGUCCCCUCGGGAGAAGAACGUUAAAGCUACAACACUUGCUAACCAUUUUCUUUCUGCAAUCUCUUACAGGAAGGUUAAGACGCACUGUGCGGAGCCAUUCACUGACUACUGGACGUGCAUUGACUAUACCAACUUGCAGGAGCUCCGUCGAUGCCGAAAGCAGCAGGCAGUAUUUGAUAACUGUGUGCUGGAGAAGUUGGGUUGGGUGAGACCUGAUCUGGGACAGCUCUCUAAGGUUACAAAAGUGAAGACGGACCGUCCUAUGCCUGAGAAUGCCUAUCAUUCUAGACCUAGACCAGAGCCAAAUCCACCCAUUGAAGGAGAGCUGAAGCCUUCUCUGUUUGGCAGUAGGCUCUUUUUCUGGUCCUGGUAAAGUGGGCAGGCUGUGCUGUAACUAAAGUGCAAAGAUGGAUUGCUUGCAAAUGUAAAUUGUCCAGUAUGCGUUGGGUAUAACUUUAAUGAUUAAAGAACCCCAAACCGUUA